AUGAGCGAUGAGGAGAGCUCAACUAGCACCAACAGCGCGGCCCACCUGGCGCUACUGUUGCCGCCAGCGUAUCACUACUGCCUUUGGCCCGACUAUCAAACCUCGUUCGUCUGGCAUGAAUCAGAUUGGCCCGGUAAUCCGGAAGGCGAGUACGACGCCGAGGAGGACCAGCUGGAGAGCAGAUACUCAGCUGCUUGGUGCAACGCUCGACAGGCCUGGAUAGACCACUACAUAGUGGCCUUCGAGAGCCAGGAGUGUAACCUUGGCAGCAACAAGGAGCCGUUCCCCGAUCCUGAGCCGAGGCGCGCAUGGUUCUUUGAGGGCAUUCUGUUGUCAUGCUGGCUGAUGCUGCGACGAUACGUUGCCAGAGUCAGCUACGAUGCAGCAUCCAGGAGGUAUCUGCUGAUAAAGGGUGAGCAUUUGGGGCCCACACUUCUUGGAUUCCUCCGAGAUCUUCGCCACGGCUAG